AUGGCCGAUUCAGGACUAGAAACGAAAUACCCCCAGUCCAUUACCAGAAACACGACCAGCGACACACUAAACGCUGAGAUUUAUAAAGAAAUUGAAGGAAAAGACAAUGGUCAGAUUACUGAAUUCAAUUAUGACCACAAUAUGCCCACCGACAAGACCAUGAUAUCUGGUUCGAAUAUUGAAAAUGAAGUAGCCCCUAAAGACCAAGAAUUUUCAGGUGAAACGAAUAGUUUUGAGCCCAGAACGACACUCAACGGUAGCGAAAACCAUAAAGAUGACAUUUUAUCAAAUAAAGAAAAAAGCGAAGGAACCACCUUACAAGAAAUGAAAGGAGAACAACAAAAAUUGAUAAAGGAAUUGAGCAUUCCAAUAGAACUGGCCCAAAAUUUCGCACCGGAGCCUUUUAAGUUCGACCCAGACGACCUUAACAUCCCUAUAAAAUACGACCACACAGAGGGAGUACCACCGAAAGAUUUACCAAGCCUCGUCAAGAAGUUGGAUAUGCCCUAUGAGCCCGAGGUGUUAAUAAGUACCACGUUUGGAAAUGAUCAAUUUAACCCAGCGCCUGACAAGGCUGCUUCAGAAAUGGCAGAGUGUGAUGAUACAGAGCCAUUUUACAUAUACCCAAAGACCAAAGGACAACAAGCAGCUUCACAAAGUAUGGGAUUCAACAAUAUGGGUGCGGCAAUCAAGCAUCAGUAUAACUCCCUAGAUUAUUCCAAUAGUCUCGGAUUCAGAGAGUUGUCUAAUAAAUUGGGCUUUCGAGAACCACCAAAUUCACAGGGGUAUAAAGAUUUAUCAAAUAAUCAACUUGGUGAUUUAUCAAACAGACGUGAUUUUACAGAUUUAAACAAAUUCGAUUCCCACAAUGACAGGGUUCCCAUGGGCUUAAUAAACUACGAUACUUACGUCAAUAAGCUUCUGGAAGCAAACAGAAACGACUUUUAUAAGAAACACCCUGACGGUGAUUUCUACGGGUUUGAAGAUUCCAGAUAUAAGCGAAGGAGAGGAUCCGCCCAAUUUAAUCAGUCAAAGAUUUUUUUCAAUAAUGAAGACAACUUGCAGCAUCAUAACUUAAAACUAAGCCAAUCUAAAAUGGGUGAACCUAGUCUGGUUGGGAAGGAAAUGCCAGGUGUCCAGAAUGGCAGAGAAUACUACGACCCUGAACUCUACAACAGAGAUUUGAGUUUUAGACAGGAUUACGGUAGAAUUACCUUUAGUGAUAUGGUUAAUGGGUUCCAAUCAGCGAAUACCCACACAUAUAGUGAUACCGCAGCAUCACACAGUUUUGAGGACACACUAGAUAACUCACAGCCACCAGAUGAAGCACCAGAUCUUGCUGCACCCCCUGUUACUGUAGAAAACUGGGCACAAUGUGAAAACUGUAAAAAGUGGCGCAGGCUACCACUAACAGUCGACACUGAUCAAUUGCCAGACACCUGGGUUUGCUCCUUGAACGUGUGGGACCCAGUCUACAACUCCUGCAACGUACCCGAGGAAAUAUAUCCAGAACAUAACUCAAAGAAUGUGAUUCACCCAUCAAAUAAAAUGUCUGACAAUGAAAACUUCGAGUUCAACCAAAUCCCAAUUAACAGCGUGGGACUUCCGUACCAUGAGACUAAGCAUCACAAAAGGAGUACAUCCAGGAGUAAGCCAGUCUCCAAGGGAUAUAAUCUAAUGGCCAACGAUAUGAGUGACAUUUCAUUAGAAGAAAAAAGAUAUUCACGAGAUUUCACAGACAGGGAUGGCAUGAGGACACCCACAAUCAACGGCAGAUACUAUGAGGACAAUGCCGGAAGAGAUUCGAGCAGAAGAAUGUCCAUGACCAGGUCACAUCUCUCACCUAUUGUCUCUAAUGUCUCGAGUUAUGACGAGGAAUGCGAAGUCGUAAAGUUUAAUCUCCCCAGCCCAAAUACCCAUAUUAACGCUGCUUAUUUUAACCACUCAGAAAACACCACUGUUGGGGAAUUCAACGAAGACGACAUGCCCAACCCUUUUGAAGGAGUUUAUACAACAAAUUUAAAGAUGAGAAGAGCUCACAAUCAGGAAAAAUUUGGAGACUCACCUCAAUCACACCCGCUUAGAGACAGAAUAACACUAUACUCUGACAACUUGACCAGUUUGUUGGCCACAGAGUUACCACAUAGUGCCUUAUUCCUUGAUAACUCUAAAAGACACACAGUGAAAGAGGACGAAUUUGCUCACGAUGAAACGAAACCCAAGGACAGUGUUACAAAAGACGUGUACAUCAAAGAAGAAGGGAACAUUAACUUAAACUAUGCAUACAAGACUAGGUGGAACCAUCGAACAGACGAAUGUGACAUGGAUUCAUCGAGCUAUUCGUACAACGAGCCAGUUUACCCUGAUCGAGAGAGGUUUAACGCGUUAUUGCAAAACAGAAGUGAUUUCCUCCGAAUAUACAACAGGUUGUCAACACAAAUCCCAACUUUGAGUGAAAUUUCAGCAAACGAAGAUUCACAAUUCUCAAACUCACCAGAACCCGAAACAUCUGAUGGCACAGAGGAUUACGACUCGACAGACGAUCAAAACGAUAACCCAGAAAUGGAUAAUUAUAAUAAUGGGAACACUCACAGAAAUAACAUAAGUAAGAUCAUUGACAAGAAUGACUUAUUGCAGUUGUUAUAUAAUUUUGCACAAAAGCAGGUGAAAGGAGAUGAGGCUUUAUCAGACCAAGACGCCUCACACUGCAACAACUAUAAAUACGUUAAUAAUAACUUGAACAACAUAAUCAAAUACAAAGAUCAACUCGAUGUCGACCAGCAAAGUGAUUCAAUGGAUAACCCUGAGUUAGUUAAUUAUGAACCCGUUGACCACAAAAUUGAAAUUGAUAAUGAGGAUCAAGAAAGCAAUCACUAUGAAGUGAGUUGCGACAGUAGUCUAAAGCUGGAUAAGGAAACUAACGAAGAACUCUCCAGGGAUGACCAAAGCGACGACGACAGCGAGAUGAGUGACGACCAGAUGUCUGAAGAUAAUUACCAUGAUGAUAACCUUUUAACCAAGGAUAAAAAGAACCAUUUGGAUUACCCACUCCCCAACAUAAAACAAUUGUCCAAAAGGUAUAGAAACCUUGAUACCGCUGACCAACAAAACCUAAACUUAGAUGACCCGGAGUUAAACUCCAACUAUUCAAUGUUAAUGCAGCCAAUACCUCAAAAUUUUACACCAAGUGAAAACUUGAAAGACUACAACAAUAACAUUAUAAAAAUGCUCAGCAUACCCAUCACUUACAAAUCAAAUGAGCAGGAACUAAAGAUACAACCUGACAGCAUAAACCUUUUAUCACUUCCAAUUCCAGAUUUAUCACUGCCGGAUUUGUCAAUGUCAGAUUUAAACAAUUCAACCACCCAGUAUGUGGCUUAG